AGAGCCAUUCCCGUGACAAUUAAAAGUGGCAAACUUUCAUCUCUAUUGUUGAACGCUGUAUUUAUUGAAUUGUUGAUCUAGCAUAUUUGGUAAUAUCUUACCAAAGAGCCCGCUUAAAUGUGCAAGCAGCAGUUUGAAUGUGACCUAAAACUAUUCUUAUCGAACCCCAAGUGAUACAACCACGUGCGUGUGCCAAAACGGGCACGCGCACGCAGCACAUGGAACAUCAAGAGAAGCCGCAGUUGGAAACAGCCCGCAGUGCAACGCCGCCACCACAAAAGCGUAAACACUGCGAGUACCAUGACCCCGAUUAUUAUAACAAUGUUUCAUCGCCAGUACGACAACACUUAUUGACGCCACCAAUUACAGCUCCGGCUGAAAAGUAUGUAAAGCUGGAGGAGGGUACUCUAGGCACUGGUUCAAAUGCCCGCACGGAUAGUACAGACCGUCCAAACCGUAUGGCGGACAUUUGUGAAAUUGUACGCCGGGAGUUUCAAAAAGAAUUGAUUUUAAAGGAGCAACAGUUGGCAGAAAUAGAUGCGCGUCUCUUAAAGGCGCGUCAAAUGCUCGAUAAAUUGCGCUAUGAGGUGGUCAGCGAAUACUAUCGCAAGCAGGAAGUGUCGUUGACAGCAGGAGACGUACUAAAAGUGCGCGGUGACGAUACACUAUUUAGCAAUGAACGUGCCGGCCCGCAACGUCCGCUGCAUCCAGCUAUUAAGAAGAUUGUGGGUAAACGUCCCAUUCCCGACCUCGCUGUGCCCGAACGCACAGCAGCGGUAUUGGCAAAGGAGACCAUACGCCUGCGAAAUCCAGCUCAUAGGAGAGCGGAGCGACGGCGACAGCAAAAAAUACGUAAGCAGGGUAUUGUGAUCGAUCAUUCUCAAAAUGGGCAGCAACAAGUGUUUCCAGCUCAGUUGCAUAUUAAAUCGGAGUUAAAUGAUGACCAACCAUGCACCAGCAAGCAGGCGCUGGAGCGUCAGCGAAGCCUAGAUGUUUUAGAAACGGGUGUAACACCAGCCUUGAAUGCAUGUCGUCUUAACAAUAAGCAAAAGUUUAGCUUUAUAGUGGGAAACACCUCAAAAUACAUUGGUGCCGAUUUGGGAAUUGACGACACUAAGGUUGAAGGUGAACAAAUAUUGGCCUACAAAUGGCUGGUCUAUGUGCAGGGCAAGAAUUUACCAGAGCCUGUUGAUGCAUACCUCAAGAAGGUCCGGUUUCAACUGCAUCACUCAUAUCGACCCAAUGACAUUGUGGAUGUCCAUACGCCUCCCUUCCAAUUGUCACGAAGAGGCUGGGGCGAAUUCCCCAUUCGCAUACAGCUUUACUUUCAAGAAAAUCUGCAGCAAAAGCCUGUGCAGCUUAUGCAUACUAUUGUGCUGGACAAGACUCGGUGCGGCCUGCAUACCAUGGGUGCUGAGACAACGGUUGAGGUUUGGUUGCGAGCCGCCCACACUCCAGGCACAUCUAACAUGAUCACCAACCCUGAAGCUCCUCUAUUGACGGACCAGGAGAACUGCAAACCUCGUACUAUAUCCAUAACCCACAAUAAGGAGGAGCUGGAUGAUAAUCUUUUUGCUUGUUUAAGUAAAGCUGACCUGAGCGGUGAUAUUGAAAAAAUUGAGCCUACAGUUGUUGUCUCCGAGCCCUUAACAUGCAAGCUGAAGUUAGCAAGUCCACAAAACGAUACACCGAAAAUCAGUUUCAAUGGUGCAACAUCACAAGUAUCGCGUCCCUCUGUUGUGUUUUUGCCUGUGAAUGGAAGUGCUGAUGAGUACAGCAACAGCAACAAUGCAGAGUCUAAAGAACGCAAGCCAAACAAACAUCUGCAGUUCUACAAUAAUGGUCAUGGAAUGAAUAAAAAACCACUUAAAAAUGUCUUCCAAAAGGCCGGAAAGCUUUACAUUAUCGAUCCAUUGCAAUCUAAAUUGAAGCAGGCGCAGCGACAACAGCAGUCGCUGCUAAAACCAAAGCCUAGUCUCCUAAAACCGUCGUCUUCGCCUCCUCCACCGCCGCAGCAGCUCUCCAAACAUUGGCAAACACUGCAAUCAAUUCGCAAUGAUCAUGGCUACGCAAACAUGGCUCACAUGAGUGUGGAAAGCAUUCAUGAGAUAAGCAGCGGCCCAUUUAAAACAAGUCGAGUUGAGGGCCAGGAGGGAGGUCCAAAUAAGAGCUUACGCCUACAACAGCUAUUUCUUGCUCUACCAUUUGAAAGCAUGCGUAGUGCCGUAGAAUUUCUAAUGCGUCGUUUGCCACUCGUAAGCAAUUACAAUGAAUUUGCCUUUGUCAGCCCCACACUAGAAAGUUUCCAAAAACAGUCUGUGUUGCGUCAACGCUGCUUUGAAUAUUUGCGCGCCCGCUUAAUCUUGAAUUGCAUGCGACAGCAUAUCCGAUUAAAGCAAUCGCAUGCAACAAUGCAUGAGAAAUAUUGGAGUAUCCGUGAGAUUGUGAACUUUGCGCGCGUUCAUGGGUAUACCCCAGCCUUGAAGCAGUUUGCCAUGAAAACAUCGGAGCAGAAAGAACGGGAACAUCAAUUGUCGCAGCGUGUGCAGCAGCAAUUAAAAGAGGAGCCCGAGCAACAUGUGCUACCGUUCGCCAGUCUAACAUCUAAUGUGCGAAUUACCAAUUGGCUGACGCAGCAGUCAAAGCGUUGGCUUCACCAUGCAAGUAAAUUGUCUGAGGCACAGGAGCCCAUCGAUGUGGUUGGGGACGAAGAAGAAGCAAAGCCAUGUAAAUUGCAAAAAUUACCUCCAUCGUCUACCUGCAAUUCAAAUAAUCGGCAACUGUUAUAUUUGCCGCCACCAGAUAAUUUGGAGAACGCCGCACAACUUGUUCAUGACAUGUGUAGAGAUGUCGGCAUUACUUUGGAAACAGAGCAAAGUGUUCCAGGUGUGGCACAGCCCUUGGCACUAACUUUGUUGGCACAUGUGCUGCAGGUGUUUGUGGAAAAACUCGUGCGACGUUCGGUAGCCUCAAAGCUUCAAAAGCAGCAUCAACUUCAGAUGCAGCAGCAAUGCAAUACAAUGAGUGCGCAGAAAGCUGUGCUGCCCUUGAUGACAGUAGCCAACGUGGAGACCACAUUGCUACCACACGACAUUGGACGUGUAAUUUCCCAGUGUGCUGACUUCGAUUUUCUGGGCAACAGUAAUCUCGGCGUGACGCAUGUAGACUUGCAGUCGUAGCCAGAAAAGUCCUUUGUGCAUUUGAUUGCACGGCUUAACUGAUAGUUCAAAUUCCUCAGCUAUUGUAACUAGUAUUUAAGAAAUAUUUAUUUUGUAAGACCGUACAUACAUACUAUACGCUAAACUUAACAUACAUAUUUAUGAGAUU